AUGGCGCCUAGAAAGCGUGCCCGCGCCAGCACCCAGACUGCGGCGACGCCAACGCCUGCGCGCGACGACGACGCCAUGGACGUUGAUACUCCCCAGGCCGGCGAUCAAGAGGAAGCCACCGAACAGAAGGAGCCCGACAACAAUUUCAACGACCACUGGACGGAUGAUCAAGUCGCUUCUCUAUUCAAGGGUGUCAUUCGUUGGAAGCCAGCUGGGAUGCACAGGCAUUUUCGAAUGAUAGCAAUCUCAGAGCACCUGCGGAAUCACGGUUUCGACCCCGAUCUAUACCCGCACACGCGCAUCCCCUACAUCUGGCAGAAGCUUCGGACAUACUACAACCUCGAAGUCAUCGACGAGCGGGAGAACUUUGACGAGGACGAAACGGAGGAUCGCUAUGUCGAGUUUUCGCUCCCCAGAGCACAAUUCUUUGACGCCAUGAUGCAGCGCGCACAUGCAGACCCCAGCGAAGCGCCUACAUCGCCUGCGCAACUCGAUCUCUCACCGGCACCGUCGUCCCCGGCUAAGAAGCGAAAGCGAGGCGAUACCAAGACUAGAGGUACUUCGGUGGAGGACACCGAAGAGGGAACGGACGCACCAUCGCCGGCACCAAAGACAAAGCGAGGAUCAAGACAGAAGAAGAAGGGCGCGACACAGGCCAAGGCUGAGAAGCAGGAAAAGGCCGAGACAACAGAGGAAGAGGAAGCAGAGGAAGGCAGCUCGAGCUCAUCGAGCGAGGAGGAAGAAGGGAGCGUCGAAGAGGGCGGAACACCCGUCUCGAAAGCGACGAGAGGUGCCAAGAAGGGACAAAAGUCGGCGCCCGCAAAGACGAGGGCGAGGGCACGGAGAAGACGGUGA